AUGAUCAAAUAUCGUGGAGGAAAUGACUUUAGGAGGAGGACACGUUUAGGAACUGACGUGAUCGACUACUCGAGGACAGUUUCACAGUCACAUGGACCAUUCACCAACGCCACACCAACUAUAGAAAUCGCCCCAACGACCACUGAAUCAGCAACGGCAAAAUCAACAGAACCUAGCCUACCGGUGGCUGACAUUGAGAACACAGGAUGCAAAUGCAAUCUGAAGACAGUCUGGCUGGAUAUUUUCCUUCUCAUGGAAGCUAGCCUGUCCAUGACUGAGAAUGGAAUUACUUCGGCGACAGACUACGUCGUAUCAGCUUUAACAAAGCUGACCAUAGGCCAAGCGGAGCAAUUCCAAACCCGGUUCGGUGUUAUUCGUUAUGCCAGCAGUGUCGAACUUAUCGCCGAUCUCAACACCUUAUACUUCGAAAGCAGACCUGUUCGACUUGAACAUAUCGGUGUUGAACGAAACCGGCACGAAUAUCGAGGGGUUAGUUAG